GGCAUUCUCUGCUUCAUAUAACUUCAGAUUAGUUGACUUUGCUCCCAGGACUAAGGCAACUUUCAUUCUAAAAGAAAAUGCUCUUUAAUUUGCGGAACCUCCUCAGUGCUGCAACUUUAAGAAAGAGCAGCAAGCAACUGGUGCAACAUUUUCGGUCUGGGCAAGCAACUCAAACUAAUGUUAAUCUGAAAGGUCGUGACCUCCUAACUCUUCAAAAUUACACAGCAGAAGAAAUAAAGUAUUUGCUAUGGACGGCAUCAGAUUUGAAACAAAGAAUAAAGGACAAGGGUGAGUAUUUGCCUCUGUUGCAAGGAAAAUCUUUAGCCAUGAUUUUUGAGAAAAGAAGUACCCGAACAAGAUUAUCCACAGAAACAGGGUUUGCCCUCCUUGGGGGACAUCCUUGUUUCCUUACCACUCAGGAUAUACAUUUGGGCAUUAACGAGAGUCUCACAGAUACAGCACGGGUGCUGUCUAACAUGACAAAUGCAGUCUUGGCCCGAGUUUAUAAACAAUCUGAUCUGGACCUGUUGGCGAAAGAAGCCUCAAUCCCAAUAGUCAAUGGAUUGUCUGAUUCAUACCAUCCUAUCCAGAUUUUAGCUGAUUACCUUACACUGCAGGAACACUAUGGCUAUCUGAAGGGGCUCACAAUAAGCUGGAUUGGUGAUGGAAACAAUGUCCUGAACUCCAUCCUGAUGAGUGCUGCUAAAUUUGGAAUGCAUCUGCGUGUUGCUACUCCAAAGGGCUUUGAACCGGACCCCAACAUAGUUAAAGUAGCUGAAGGGUACUCCAAAGAGUAUGGCACCAAAUUGUUUUUCACGACUGAUCCCUUGGAAGCUGCAAGUGGAGCCAACGUCCUAGUUACGGACACAUGGAUAAGCAUGGGACAAGAAGAGGAGAAGGCAGAGCGAAUGAAGGCUUUCCAAGGUUACCAGAUCACAAUGCAGACUGGAAAAUAUGCAGCCUCUGACUGGACCUUUUUACACUGUUUACCAAGAAAGCCAGAAGAAGUUGAUGAUGAAGUAUUUUAUUCUCCACAAUCACUGGCUUUCCAGGAGGCUGAAAACAGAAAAUGGACAAUUAUGGCUGUCAUGGUUUCCCUGCUGACAGAUUACUCACCACAGCUGCAAAAACCUACAUUUUGAUGCUUGGGUUCCUGCCAAGAGAAAAUAUUCCUCACCACCAGAAUAUUCUGGUCUUCAAAUAUAUAUCUGUCUUUCAUACAGGAUCAAAGCAAUGAAUGAUUCCUUAAUAAAACUGCAUAGGUUGGCUCAGCUGAACUGUAUAAUAUUGCUUUGCACUCAUGAAAACCUUGGAGAUGAUGUGAAUUAAGCAGUGCAGCAUUGCAAUAGUAGCGCUUUUUCUAGAUGCUUUAAGUUCUGUAGCUUUUGUAUCGAUUCAUGCCUCUUAAGUUUUCCAAAGCUGUAGUUUAACAAAUGGAUCCAGUAGUAUCAUAAGCAGUGGUUUAUGUAUGUUGUGGUAGAACUAGUGUUGUAAAACUCCAAAUCUAUUGUAUAACCACUAUGCAGCUGCCCUUAAAUCUAUUGGAUUUUCUUGCUGAUCUCGGGUCACAUGCGCAGAGAACUAGCACCUUCUUACUAGAUUCUGGGACCUCAACAUUCCCUUGUUAGUACAAUUUCCCUAGCUGCACCCUGGCCUCCCUGUAACCCCACCUCAAUCUGGGUUUGAGACUGUAGAGGCUCUAUCAGAUUAUCAUAAACAGGAAAAU